AAAGUAAACCCAUCCACCUGUUUUCUGAUCUUAUCGUCGUGCGGAGUUAGGGUUAGGUUUUCUGCGUGGGCUGAUUGUUCUCACAUCGUCGAUCGCUCUUUGGAAGAUGGAGGAGGUUACUGAGGCUGUCAACAACCUGAGCGUCAACGAUUCACACAAGAAGAAUCGGAUCCAGGUCUCCAACACCAAGAAGCCCCUUUUCUUCUACGUCAACCUCGCCAAGAGGUAUAUGCAGCAGCACAAUGAAGUUGAGCUUUCUGCUCUUGGAAUGGCAAUUGCAACUGUUGUGACGAUUGCAGAGAUUCUGAAGAACAAUGGCCUUGCUAUUGAGAAGAAGAUUAUGACAUCCACUGUGGACAUCAAGGAUGAAUCAAGGGGUCGGCCCAUCCAGAAAGCUAAGAUUGAAAUUUUACUGGGAAAGAGUGAAAAAUUUGAUGAGCUGAUGGCUGCUGCUGCUGAGGAGAGGGAUGAUGCUGAAGGGGAUGAGCAGAGCUAAAUUAUCCUUUAUUUUUUCUUGCACUUGUUGGUUGUCUUUGUAUGCGAACCUUUAUAAGCGUGCGUGUGUGUGUGUUCUUUUGCUUUUGUUUUUUUGGUGAAAAACGGGCUGUUGCUUUGAUCUUAGUUUAGGUUCAUUUGUAGUAUGCUUUUAUUUCAAGGUUUAUUUAUUUGAUUUGAUGUCCUAUUUCUUUUUUGUUU